AUGACAGACCCCAAACUCCUCGCAUCGCUUGCCGCCGUCCCCAUCGAGGAUCCCAUCGACCCAGACACCCUCGAGACGGUGCUCUCCGGACCCCCGUUUGUCAUUCUUCCUGGAUCCUUGAACAUCCGCGAUGUAGGCGCCUACGCACCGGGAUACAUCAAACCGGGCCUUGUCUACCGCUCCGGCACACUAGACUUUAUUCCGGAAGCCUACCGCAGCUUGCUCCGCAGCCAGCUCGGCGUCUCGACCGUCUUUGACUUUCGGCGCGGAGACGAAGUCAAGAGACGCCUCUGCGACAUCGACGGGAUACAAGUAAUUUCGUGUCCGUUCCAGGACGGCCAAGUGGACAACGUCGAUGUCGAUUUAGCAGCGUUUGUACCCCCGGAUGGAGAAGUCGUCAGCAAAGGGUACAGGGACAUGUACAGCGUUAUUUUGGAAGGGUACACGACGGGUUACAGGAAGGUGUUUGAGGCGUUGAAGAGCGCAGACAGGAACCACGCCGUUCUUUUCCACUGCAUGGGGGGCAAAGAUCGGACCGGUGUCAUGAGCGCUCUCGUUUUGGACCUGAUGCGUGCGCCUGUGCCCGUCAUUGCUGAGGAGUAUGCUCUUACGCGCGUCGGAACCGAGCCGUUUAGGGCAAAGAUGCUCCCUGCUGCUAUUUUGGGCUUUGCGGGGAUUGCACUGGAGGACGGUGAUGGGGGUUCCACGGUGCAGAAUGGGUUGAAGGUUCCUGGGGUGCGGGAGAUACUGGGCAGCCGUGCUGAGAUCAUGGCGGAUUUUAUGGAGGGACUGGAGACACGGUAUGGUGGUGCCGAGGGGUAUUUGAGGGAAAGGCUAGGGUUCAGCGAGGACGAUGUGCGGCGGAUUAGAGAUAACUUGAGACCGUAG